AUGGGUGACUUUAAUGCAAAAGUCGGAAAAGGUGAAGAUAGACCUGCGAUCGGACCAUAUGGACUUGAUGAAUCGCGUGAAGCUUUGCUAGAGGAAAAUACCACUAACUCUCCAUAUCUACCAGUAUUGUUAGAAGAAUUUGAAAAAGCAGUUGAAGAACUUGGAAUACGUAAAGCCUGUGGAGAAGGUGGAGUGUUUGCUGAAUAUUUAAAGUGUUUGGAUUCAAAUAGCAUGCGUGAACUUCAAAAUUUAUGUCAAGUUACAACUGGGUGUGGAAACACUGAGGAUAUCAGAAUUGAAAAAGGUGUACGCCAGGGAUGUGUUCUUUCUCCGAUAUUUUUCAAUGUUUAUGCCGAGCACAUCAUCAACGAGGCUAUAGAAAAUUUAGAUAUUGGUGUAAAAUUUAACGGUGUUCGAGUGAAUAAUCUGAGAUACGCAGACGACACAGUAUUAUUGAGUUCUAGUGAAGGAGAAUUGCAAACUCUCAUUUCCAAGGUGGCUGUAGUUAGCAAACAGUAUGGCUUAAAACUAAAUGUUAAUAAAAAAAUAUCGUGUAUGGCUGGACUUCAAGAGGAAGAAAACGAACAACAUGGCUCUCUACAAUCAAAAGAUUCACAAAUAUCAACAGCAUUUAUGAAUUAA